AAAUAAGUGUCAAUGUCAAAGUAGUCACAAAAGAUCUGGGAGGAGGAGCAGUGCUUCACCGAGCGGAAUAAACAAUCGAUUUUACAGCCCUGUUUAAUAUCAAAUUGUAAAAUAUGCAGAAAUACGAAAAACUAGAAAAGAUCGGAGAGGGAACUUAUGGCACUGUAUUCAAAGCCAAGAACAAAGAAACUCAUGAAAUAGUGGCUCUAAAGCGGGUGAGGUUAGAUGAUGAUGAUGAAGGAGUACCAUCGUCCGCUUUGCGUGAAAUAUGUCUUCUCAAAGAGUUAAAACACAAGAAUAUUGUUCGGCUAUACGACGUCUUGCAUAGUGAAAAGAAAUUGACUCUUGUAUUUGAGCAUUGCGAUCAAGAUUUGAAGAAAUAUUUCGACAGCUUGAAUGGUGAGAUAGAUUUGGACGUCGUCAAGUCUUUUAUGUAUCAGUUGCUCCGAGGGCUUGCGUUCUGUCACAGCCAUAAUGUACUGCACCGGGAUUUAAAGCCUCAGAAUUUGUUGAUUAAUAAAAAUGGGGAAUUGAAAUUGGCCGACUUUGGCUUGGCUAGAGCUUUCGGUAUUCCCGUGAAGUGUUACUCCGCAGAGGUAGUGACGCUUUGGUACCGGCCCCCGGAUGUGUUGUUUGGCGCCAAACUCUACACUACAAGCAUUGACAUGUGGUCAGCUGGCUGCAUAUUUGCUGAGUUAGCUAAUUCAGGAAGGCCCCUAUUCCCUGGGUCUGAUGUUGAUGAUCAGUUGAAAAGGAUUUUCAAACUUCUUGGUACUCCAAAUGAAGACACGUGGCCUGGUGUGACCCAGCUGCCUGACUACAAGCCACUGCCAGUUUAUCAGCCAAGCUUAGGACUAGCACAAGUAGUGCCCCGCCUGCCAGCUCGGGGCAGGGACCUCCUUGCUCGUCUCCUCACCUGUAACCCCGCCCUGAGGAUGCCUGCCGACGAUGCCAUGGCUCAUGCAUACUUUCACGACCUUAAUCCGUCUGUGAAGAAUGACCGAUGUUAACAAUCAAUACGUCCUUACCGCUGCACCUCAGAACUCUUGGUUAGUGAUAAAAACAA